GUCGCAAUGUCUAGCCACACCGCUCAUAUCAUCUUCGGCCGCGCGCUGAUCUUCUCCUCUCGAUCCUCUCCUCUCUGUCUGUUGUACUAACUCUCUUUAUCUCUCACUCACAUCCGGCUUGACAAGAUGCGCGGCGAACACUGCAUCGCGGGCGCCUCGGUGCUCACCUUCAUCUCGAUGAUCCUCCUCCUCUUCGCCAACAUCGGCCAGGUGUCACCCGGCGCCGUCACCUCGGGCCUGUACAUGGUGCAGGUGGACGUUUCGGGCUUCGGGAAUGCGCUGCAGAGCGCCAACAAACAGAGCAACAACCUCUACUGGACCCAAAACACGCCCAUGGGCGACAGCAAGGGCCUGAGGCAGUACUACCGUUACGGGCUGUACAACGCCUGCGGAUACCAGAAGUCAGGGGGCGUGUGCAACUCGACCAUCUUCGGAUACCCGUACGCACCCUUCGAGCAGAUGCUGGCCGACACACCGAGCAAGCCGAACGACUACAAGAAGAUGACGCAGGACAUCAUCCCCUCGAGCACGUUCAAGAACAACGCGUGGAACGGGACCAUGUCCAAGUCCGCGAGCUCGCUCAUCUUCAUCGCCUCCAUCCUCACAGGCCUCGCGUUCGUCUUCGGCCUCAUCAAGUUGCGCCUCUGCUUCCUCCUUGCGGCCGGUUGCUCGGGCCUCGCGGCAUUCUUCCUCAUGAUCGGCGCGGCUAUCUGGACGUCCAUCAUCGCCAAGAAUGCUUGGCUCACGAUCGUCAAGGUCCAGGGCGGCGUCAAGCUCGGCAUCCUCGUCACGCCCGGUCCGGCGCUCUACCUUAGCUGGGUCAGCUUCGUGCUCGUUACCCUCAGCGUCGCGCCGUACGUCAUCUCGUGCUGCACGUACCGCAAGGCGCCGAAGUCUGCGUCGUACUAGGGGCUAUAUCUACAAUGAAUGCUGAGGUGGAUGUAUUUGGACUUUAGACUCUGCGGAUACAUCAUUCUGGUUCUGUGCUCUACACUCUACGUCCUCUUAUCUAUCG